UUUUUUUUUGUUUCUUCAUAAAGUACGAAAUGUUUUUAAGUCAAGAUAUCAAGAUAUUUUAAAGAAUUUGCUAGGCAUUGAUGGUCGUUUAGCUGGAUUUGGCAAGGAGUACCGAGUGAAAGGGAGACGUUAGUGAGAAUUGUUGGUCCUUAUGCAAGAUGUCCAACGCGAAGAUUCAGAUGUUUCCUUCUCGUGCCAAUGCGGUGAUCAUGAAUCAGAAGAUUCUGGCAGCAAAGCGUGGCAUUCGGCUGCUGAUGCGCAAGCGGGAUGCAAUCGAUAUGAAGCUGCGAGAGCUGAGGAAUCAGAUGGCCAACAAGGAGGACAUAUUAGACGAUAAAAUGCGCAAGGCCAUAUUUUCAGUGACCAAGGCCAAUUUGCUGGGCACGGACUUUAAACCCUUGAUUGUGACAAACAGUCGAGUGGCAUCUACCUACUUGAGAAAGCGCGAGCAGAAGAUAGUGGGCGUGACAUUGAACUAUUUUGACCUAGAGAUAACCGACAAUACCCCCUUUCCAAUGGUUGGCCUCAGCUGCGGUGGCCAACAGGUGCAGAAGGUGCGCAAGAGCUUUCAAAUGGCGCUGCAUGAGAUCGUCGAAUUCGCAUCGCUGGAGUACAUGUUGCGCCUGCUAAAGCACGCUUCACAUCAGACUAACAUGCGCGUCAAUGCACUUGAAUAUGUUGUGUUGCCACAGCUGACUGCAACGGCUAAGUAUAUCAACAGCGAGCUGGAGGAGUUCGAACGUGAGGACUUCUAUCGAUUGAAGCGAUCGCAAGCCAAGCAGCUAGAGGCUAAGCUUGCCUUUACAGAGCUUAUUAAAACCAGAAAUAUGACGGAAGAGGAGCUGGAAAAGUAUGUUAAGCGCGGCGGGAAUAUCCAGCAUAGAGCUGACGUUGCCUUCGAUUCCUCGGCAUUCGAAAGUCAUUUGCCGGACCAGUCACUAAGGGAGGUCUAUCUCCAGCGCCACUCCAUACAUGGCGUUAAAAUGAAAUACGAUGAACACGCAGCACCGGAUCCAAACAUAGCCGAGUUUCUGCAGCGCAGAGUUCAGCGUGAUCCACAAUCAAGCAAGGCCAGCUUCAUUUCCUUGCGUACACAUCUGACCUUGCCUAGUUCAUCCGAAUCCAGCAGUGCACACGAAUAAAUCCGUAUCGCUUUACUACAUCAAAAUUGCUUUCCAAAUCGGCGAUACGCACGGAUUCUUCUCAAAUAUUACAUCAAGAGCUGCAAAAUUUCUUACUCCACCCGACUAAUAGAUAAUCUUCGCAGACUUCAUUGAAGAUGCUGACAGAUAUAUUUGAGAGAAAUCUGUGAACGGUUGAACGUGUGCUUAAUCGGCAAAUAUAAGCCCUAAGGUAUUA